AUCGGCCAUCUUUAUUCUCUGUGAUAGUGCAGGUGUUUUGACGUGGUCCUCAUUUUUUUUCAAUAAACAAAUUUUACAUUUUCUCCAAAGUGUUAAAACUUGAAAAAAAGUUAGUUUAAUUAAAAAUUUCUCGCCAUGGGCGAUAAUAAAUCAUUUUUACAUGUGUGGUGCAGUAAAUCCAAUAAGGAGCCGCAAUUUGAAGUUCGUCCUACAGGACCAAAGCAUCGUCAACGCUUUUUAUGCGAAUUGCGAGUAGCUGGAUUUGAUUAUGUUGGCGUUGGUAAUUCGACAAAUAAAAAAGACGCACAGGGAAAUGCGUCUCGUGAUUUUAUUAAUUAUUUAGUUCGUCUUGGACAUAUAAACGCGCAGGAUGUUCCCGCUGAUUUUGGUUUACCAGCACCAUCAGGUGGUGCUGAUGAAUCUAAUUCGGGAUCAAUGGCUCCAAGUCGACCAGUUUUUCGCGAUGGCAUGGGUCCCAAUGACAUUGGUCAGGCCUAUCGUCCAUAUCGUGAAGGUGGUCAAGAACAGGGAAAUUACACUUAUAUGGAUCGUUUGGCUGAUCAAAAGAGAGUUGAGGAAGCCGAGGAUCUCGAUAUUAAUGCUGGUAUUCAUGGAAAUUGGACAAUUGAAAAUGCAAAAUCAAAACUUCAUCAAUUUAUGCAGGUCAAUAAAAUUAGCGCCGAUUACAAAUACACACCUGUUGGUCCCGAUCACACCAGGAGCUUCAGGUCUGAAAUGAGUUUCUACGUGAAGAAAUUGGGAAGAACUGUUGUUGCAAGAGAAACUGCAUCCAAUAAACAAACAGCGUCAAAAAGUUGUGCUUUGUCACUUGUACGACAACUUUAUCAUCUUGGUGUAAUUGAAGCUUUCACGGGAACUUUGAAGAAAAAUAAGGAAGCUGAUCAAAUGAAAGCGUAUCCGGUGAAAAUUAGUCCAGAACUUGAGGAAGAAAUUCAUCAAGUCUUAGAGGGAUUGGAAGUUAAACCAGUCGAUGUUACUUGUGCACCUCCAUCUUCAAAUGCACAAUCAGAAAACGAUGAGAAAUCAAUACCAGGAAUAUCACUUGUAUCUGACAAGGUUUUAGAUGAUUUUAUAUCAAGUGUUCCACAGCCAGCCGGUGUUGUGAGUUGGUCGCCACCACAACAAAAUUGGAAUCCAUGGACAGGUUGUAAUAUUGAUGAAGGACCAUUGGCAACAAUGCAACUUGAUAAAUUAUCCGAAGAUGUGAUGCAAGAUGAAAAAAUGCGACAUCAACAAGAUAUGGAUUUGCAAAAAAGUUGCAAAGACAGAUGUCAAUUGCCAGUUUAUGCAAAAAGAAAUGAAAUAAUGACAGCAAUAAAUGAUAAUCCAGUUAUUAUUAUUCGUGGUAAUACUGGUUGCGGUAAGACAACACAAGUUUGUCAAUUUAUUCUCGAUGAUUAUAUUCAAACGGGCCAAGGUGCAUAUUGUUCAAUUGCCGUGACACAACCAAGAAGAAUAUCAGCGGUGUCAGUUGCUGAUCGUGUUGCUGUUGAACGAUGCGAAAGUCUUGGACAAUCAGUUGGUUAUUCAGUGAGAUUUGAAUCAGUUUUACCAAGACCCUAUGGAAGUAUAAUGUUUUGUACCGUUGGUGUUUUAUUGAGAAAACUCGAGGGUGGCUUACGUGGUGUUUCACACGUAAUUGUUGACGAAAUUCAUGAACGUGAUGUUAAUUCUGAUUUUAUAAUGGUCGUAUUACGCGAUAUGGUACAUAUGUAUCCGGAUUUAAGAAUUAUUCUCAUGUCAGCGACAAUUGACACAACUUUAUUUAGUCAAUAUUUCAAUAAUUGUCCAGUUAUUGAAAUACCAGGACGUGCAUAUCCAGUGCAGGAAUAUUUUAUGGAGGAUUGUAUACAUUUAACAAAAUUUGUACCGCCAAUGGAAUCGAGAAAACGUAAAAGUCGUGACGCUGAUGAUGCGCCAAAUGAUGGUGAACCCGAGGAGAAUUUAAAUCAAAUUAUCAGCGAUGAAUACAGUAAUCAUACAAAAAAUUCAAUGGCACAAUUAACGGAGAAGGAAAUUAGUUUUGAAUUAAUUGAGGCUAUUUUGAAAUAUAUACGCGAUCAAAAUGUGCCUGGGGCUGUUUUAAUUUUUUUGCCCGGUUGGAAUCUUAUAUUUGCAUUGAUGAAACAUUUACAGCAACAUCCAUUGUUUGGUGGUUGUAGUUAUUGUAUUAUUCCAUUGCAUUCACAAUUGCCAAGGGAGGAUCAGAGAAAGGUAUUUGAUCCAGUACCAUCGUCGGUGACGAAAAUUAUUCUCUCGACAAAUAUUGCUGAGACAUCAAUUACAAUUAAUGAUGUUGUCUAUGUAAUUGAUUCGUGUAAAGCGAAAAUGAAACUUUUUACAUCGCAUAAUAAUAUGACAAAUUAUGCGACUGUUUGGGCGAGUAAGACAAAUCUUGAACAACGUAAAGGUCGUGCUGGUCGUGUUAAACCGGGAUUUUGUUUUCAUCUUUGUUCGAAAGCGCGUUAUGAAAAAUUGGACGAACAUAUGACACCGGAAAUGUUUAGAACACCAUUACAUGAAUUGGCAUUGAGUAUUAAAUUAUUGAGAUUGGGAAGUAUUGGGAAAUUCCUUUCCAAGGCCAUUGAACCACCUCCAAUUGAUGCUGUUAUUGAAGCUGAAGUUAUACUUAGAGAAAUGAAGUGUUUAGACAAAAAUGACGAAUUAACGCCACUUGGAAAAAUAUUGGCACGUUUGCCAAUUGAGCCGCGUUUAGGUAAAAUGAUGAUACUUGGAUGCAUGUUCCGAGUUGGAGACGCACUUUCGACAAUGGCUGCGAAUAGUACAACUUUCCCGGAAGUUUACAAUAUGGGUCCAGAUACAAAACGAUUGUCAUAUCAACAAAGAGCAUUCGCUGGUGCAAGAUAUAGUGAUCAUGUUGCAAUGUUACACGCAUUUGAAACAUGGGAAGAAGCAAGAGACGGUGGCGAAUUUGCCGAACAAACAUUUUGCGAGUCGAAAAAUUUGAGUUUACCAACAUUGCGAGUCACAUGGGAAGCUAAGAAUCAAUUGCAAGCGCUUUUGACGAGUGCCGGAUUCCCCGAGGAAACACUUUGUCGAACUCCAUUAAAUUAUCAAGCUGGUGCUGAUGUUCGACUCGAUACAAUCACUGCAUUACUUUGCAUGGGACUUUAUCCAAAUGUCUGUUUUCAUAAAGAGAAAAGAAAAGUGCUGACGACUGAAGCGAAAGCUGCAUUAAUUCAUAAAACCUCAGUGAAUUGUAGCAAUAUGGAGCAAAAUUUUCCAUUCCCAUUCUUUGUUUUUGGAGAGAAGAUUCGAACAAGAGCCGUGUCCUGUAAACAAAUGACAAUGGUAUCGCCAAUUCAUUUAUUGCUCUUUGGCUCGCGUAAAGUCGAAUUUAUCGACGGCGUGGUGAGAUUGGACAAUUGGAUUAAUUUGGAAAUGGAGCCAAAAACAGCGGCAGCAAUUGUUGCCCUACGACCAGCACUCGAGAGUCUUGUAAUUAGAGCGGCAAAGGAUCCGGAAACAGUUCUUGAAUUGAGCCCCGUCGAGGAGAAAGUGCUUUCAGUGAUUAAAACACUUUGUGGUAUGAAUGCAUGUCGUCAUGAAAUGGAACCAAUUACUGGCGGUGGUUUUCAAUCGCGACGACCACCAAAGGGACAUAUCACUGGAUUCUCAGCUAGUGGUAGUGGUGGUCCUCCAGAUAAAAUGGCACGCACUGAUAAUUGGAAUAAUGAUGGUAAUAAUGGAAAUAGUAGCGGUGGAUUUGGUGGUAAUCGAGGAUACAGAGGAAAUCGAGGAUUUGGUAGAGGAGGUCGUGGAUUUGGAGGUGGUAGUGGUCGCGGUUACGGAGGAGGAAGUCGUGGAUUCAGUGGAAACUGGGGCAACAGUGGAAGAUCGAAUUUUUAGACGAAAGAAGAAAAUUUUAAAAAAAAGUAUUAAUCUAAUCAUUCUUUUUAAUAAAAUCUGAUAAAAGUUUUGGAUUGAUGUUCAAUUAGUUUUUGAUAUAAGUAUAUUAUUCCGUGGUAUUUCGAAAUUUGUUUCCGAGACAGGAUUGAAAAGAAUUAAAAUUCAGCAUCAGAAUAAAACUAAUUGAUUCGGAAUGAAACAAAUUUGAAUUUGGAUAGAAAUUAAUUGGCCUCGGAAAAAAAUUUCGAAAUGUCGCGAAAUAAUAUUUAUUAAAAUUGAUUGAAAUGUAAUUCGAAAAUUUCGUUAGGGAACUUAUGAUAGUAUAAAUAUAUCUAUGAAGUAUCAUUUUACUUUUUACAGUUUGAUAAUCAUUACUCUUAUAUUAUUUAUCAUUUACGAUUAUUAAAUUCUGAAAUACGA